AUGAAGGCAGUCAUCAUCACCCAACCCACGAUUGCGGGCUUGGUUACCGAUCGACCUAUCCCCAAGCUUCGCGAUGACUAUCUUCUCAUCAAGACUGUCAGUGUUGGCUUGAACCCCACCGACUGGAAGCACAUUGCUCACAAUACUCCUCCCGGUGUUCUCGUCGGAUGCGAUUACUCAGGCAUUGUCGAGGCCGUCGGCAAGGAUGUCAAAAAGAAAUUCAACAAGGGUGACCGCGUGUGUGGACUCACGCACGGCUCUAAUGCAGUACAGCCCGAGGAUGGCGCUUUCGCCGAGUAUAUUGUGGCCAAGGGUGACUUGCAGUGGAAGAUACCCGAAAAUCUGAGCUUCCAGGAGGCCGCUACCCUUGGAGUGGGCAUUAACACCGUGGGCCAGGGUCUAUACCAGAGUCUGAAGCUUGCACUGCCCACCGAGCCCAUCAAGGAUGCGACUCCGAUUCUGAUCUACGGCGGUUCCACCGCCACCGGCAGCCUGGCCAUUCAAUUCGCCAAGCUGUCAGGUUACAAGGUCCUAACCACUUGCUCGCCGCACAACUUCGAUUUCGUCCGCAGCCUUGGCGCCGAUGAGGUCUAUGACUACAAGGACAUCAAUGCCCCCGCUGAAAUUCGCAAAGCCACUGAUAACAACCUGAGGCUCGUAUUCGACUGUAUCGCGCUGGAGCCCAGCGCUGCGUUCUGUGAUAAUGCUAUUUCCACCGAUGGUGGCGAGUAUAGCUCUCUCUUGAGCAUCAAAAUUGACCGUGAGAAUGUGAACGACCGCUUCACCCUGGGUUAUACCGUCAUUGGCGAGGCGUUCACCUUUGGAGAUACCCCCAUCCCCGCCAAGCCGGAAGACAGGGCUCACGCUGAGAAGUUCGGUCCUAUUGCUGAGAGUCUGCUCGCCCAAGGAAAGAUUAAGGUCCAUCCCCCUAGGGUCGGUGAGCAUGGGUUGAAGAGUGUUAUCGAGGGUCUAAAGUUGCUCCAGGAGGACAAGGUCAGCGGUGAGAAGCUGGUCUACAACGUUUCCGAGACCCCUGAAUAA